GAAGAAGUUACUGAGUCCCUUGAGACUUUUCACGAAGCUUUGGGUAAAGUUGAAGAUGUUUUCAAGCCUGUUCUAGAGACCUCAGUGGAUGACCUAAAGGAAAAGGUUUGAAGUUCCCUUUAUAAAAAAACAUAGCGUACAUGUAACCCUCAAGUAGAUUUUGACAAGCUGAAACUUUACGUUGUAUAGCUUUCAUUUUAAUAUCACAUCUUGAGAUUUUUUAAACGUUAAAUUAAAUUGUUGGUCACCUACGCUCUUAACUGAAACUGAAACUUCUAUGAAAUCAAGUAAACGGUUUCUUUUGAUCACAAGACAGGAUCGCAUAUUCGUUCAACACUCUUAUUAAAAAUGUUGUCUUUAGUUGCGUUGUAUUAUUAAAGUGAAGAAAUCAACUCAAGAGAGCGUUAAAGGUACAACCAAAUACAAAGCUGGUGAGGGUUAUUCUCAGAAAAACAGGGAGAUCGAUACCCUGCAAUUUGUAUUCACAUGUACAAAAGUAUUCUUAAAAGUUCUUACAAGUUUUAUGACUCUUUUAUGUUUGUGGCACAUGAAACACGUCAAAUCCGAAAGUUGAAUUGAUUAAAGCAAGAAUAGCCUGCAAAAACAGCCAUCUCUCCUCACUCCUCACCGCUAGGGAUGUUUCGCCAGGAGAGGCGUCUGUGCCUCAGCAACAAAAAUUCCAAACUGCUGGUGUAUAAUCUGUCUGAAAUCUGGUUGGGAGCUGUGAUUGGUUGACAUAGUAGUUGUAUUGUUUUAGCUAUUGUUUGUGAUUGACAGACAAAAGACCAACAGUCAUAAUGUUAAAAUGUAAACGCAAUGAAUCUACUACAAAACAAUCAAUUUUCAUGGAAUAUAUUUUUCUGUAGCAGAAACAUUUGAGCUUUUCUGAAGCUCAUUCAUUGAAGGGAAAAAGAACCAAAAAAGAAGAAAAAACUUUACCAUUAGAUUAUCAACCAGGAGAAUAAACUGACAUUUGGAACCCCAUGACUACCAGAUUUAUUAUGUAAACAUCAGUACAGAGUUUCUGUCACUGAGGUGUAAACAUCUCUCCUGGCUAAAGGUCCCUAGCAGGGAGCAAGGAAAGAUGGCUGUUUUCACAGGCUCAGAUGAGGAUAACCUAACUGAUAUCUUCAAUCUUAUAACAAUCAAGUCAGUGUUAAAUUUAGUGAACCUUUAUUGGGCUGCCAAAACUACAGAAUACAGGGUCUUAUUUAUUGGUUCUUUUUUAUUUUUCAUAACACUUGGAUAACAAGCCCUAUUUUAACUUUUUAUUUUCUUUUUUAGAUGAAUCCACUGGAAAGUGCAAAACUUGACCUAGUAGUUGCUUAUGCUAUCAACUCAAUGUUCUGGAGUAAGUUUUUUCUGAAACUACUUUUCCAGCUUCUUAACAAAAGCCUCCCUUUACUUGCCUUUAGCCAAAAGAAAAUAGUAUAAUGGGACAAUACUACCAAAAAGGUUUAGUUGAGCAGGAUUAACAAAACUUCCAAAGUUUCAAAAGCCAUAACUACAUGUGUACAAGGGAAAGCUGAUAAGCUGGAAUCAUGAGUUUUUUAUAUACUGUAAACUGCUACUUAUAAGCUCCCCCAGUUAUAGGCACAUCUGCCAGUAAACAAAAAAAAAAGUGCAUCUGAUCAUAACCCCCCGCCUCCCCUUCCUAGAUAAAAGCACCCCUCCAAAUGUAUAUAAAUGAAUUUGAUUUAUUAUUAUCUUAGUUAUAAGCCCCCAUGGAUUCAAGCCUCUCCAUAUGUAAGCCCUGAUCCUAAAACCCCUUACGAAGAUGUAUAAGGCUGCCCAGGACUUAUAAGCGGUAGUUUACGGUAUACCAUCAAAUUGAAUUCUGUGGAGUGUUGUGUAGAAGUUUUUAUUGUGAAAAUAAUAUAUGUGUCUCUUUUUGUAGUGUAUCUUACCACUCAAGGUGUAAACCCACGUGAGCAUCCUGUGAAAUCUGAACUG